AUGGAGUUUUCCAACGAAGAAAAUUCUAUGAUCAUGCUACCUAGCUCAGCAGAUAAACCCCAGCUACCACCACGACCUCGGGACAAUACAGCGGGUGACUGGAGUAAGAUAACGGUUACGAAGACAUUAAAUCAUUCACAAGAUCCGUCAAGUAUAUUUACUUCCGAUCCUGUUAUUUCAAAUCCAAAUCCAAAUGGUGGCAGUUCGUCAGCAUCUACAAUUUUAUCUGCAGACCGAAACUCCAAAAUCAACAUCAAACAAUCAAUGGAGGAAGUUUCUAUCGCUCAAACUUCAUAUGAAGUAGGCGCCGCAGUUGCUGCUAGCACUGUUAGUCAAAUUGAAGAAGAUAAAAUAAGAACGCGCAGUAUUAUCGCAGAAUAUGGCGUUGAUCCUACGGAAAUGCUCUAUCUUGGAAAAAACUACGAGCUGCUCGAUGUGCCCGGUUUCGAUUCGCCAAUUAAAGAACACCGUGAUGCUGGUCUACGAGCUGUAAAAAUAGCUGAUGCUUUCGUUUUUCUGACCAAUGGUCAGCAACCAAGUUUAACUGAACCACAAAUAUGUCUUCUUCGUGAAAUUCAACAAAAUCAAUUCGGAGCCAUGGAACGUGCAUUUGGUAUCAUUACUAAACUUGAUCUUUGCCAAACUGCAGAAAAGUAUCAGGAACAUUACAUGAAAGCCGCUCAGGAAUUGUUAGAUAAAAACUUUAAAUCCGAACGUGUCUAUGCUGCUUGUCCACGAUUACAGACUUUGAAUCCAGGAUCGGAAGAAUUUCGUGUUAUCGAUCACAAAGUACGCCACUUUGGUGAAGAACUCGCAAAUGGAUUCGAAAAUAGUAAACAUGGUCUUAAGAACUUUAUCGAAUUCGAAUUACCAAAAACGCAUUUAAAGCAGUUGCUCGAUAUCGGACGAAUGCAAUUGACACGUCUUGUUUUGGAACGAUUACAACGGAUCAAAGAGAAGCAAUUGUUACCGGAAAAUAUAAUGAAAAUGUCCAUUGAUGAUUAUGUGAAAGAAUAUAAUAUUGAAAAAUGGGAUGAACUUUUCCGCGAGCAUAUUUUCUCUCCAAUGUGUCGCAGAGCACAUACUUGGCACACAACUGUUAUUACCAAAGAACGUUCUAAAUUUCUUGCAGGCGUCAAAAAAAAUUUUUAUAAUACAUUUAUGGAGCGAACAAAACAAUUCAUGGAACGACGGCAUCCGGUAGAAGAUAUGAUAUUUGAAAUGCCUAACUAUGCAAAAAUACAUUUAAAUACUCAUCCGAUUGAUAAUAGUGAACGAGAAUCAUUAUGUGCUGAGCUGGAGAAAAUUGUUGACAAAUCGUCUGACAUUCUGGCUGAAUACUUCUAUCACCAAUACAUUUGCCAGUUUGAAAACAUCUUGAAUGAAGUGUGUCCGCAAUUGCGGGAUUUAUUUCGUUCAAAACUAACCAUAGAAAAGUGCAGAAAUGAAACACAUGCACUUGUUCUGAGAGUUUGCCGUCCCAUUAUUAUCGCUGCUUUGAGAUUUUCGCAUACAGAUUUAGAACCCAAACGUGACGCCAUCAGAUGUUUGAUUAAUUGUGCUCCAAUAGUGGCAUUUAGAGUAGUCAAUUUUGGAGAUGGAGGCCGUAAUAAUGGCAUAUUUGAUAUGGAAAUAUUAAAUGAAGUAGAACAAUUAUCAGGCAAGAAUACAGCUACAGCGAUUAUACUCAAAGCACUUUUCAAGAAAUAA